AUGAGCAAUCUCAUCAAUUCUUUGCAGCUUCGGAAAGGGCCAGGCUACUACAUUCUGGGCCAUAGCUGGGGUGGUCGAAUCGCCGCUGCCUUUGCCACCGCCCAGCCCCAGGGAUUGCAACGACUAGUCCUUGCCAGCGGCAUCCCCAGUUCUCGAACCUUUUUAGAGGGAUUACAAGUCAUCCGCGGACAGUUACCAUCAGACGUGCAAUUGACAAUCGAUGAGGAGGAGAAGAGGAACAAUUUCGAUAGCGCCCGCUUCAAAGCUGCCAUGGACGUGUUUUGGUGCAAUUACUUUUGCCGGGCAGAUCCAUUCCCCCCCAAGGAGCUUCUCCCGGCCUUCCACCAUAUGGGUGAGGACAGUACAGUUCGGGACACAAUAGCAGGAAAUCCCCAUUGAAUUGCACGGGCUCCUUCCGGGAAAACCCUAACCCUAAACCCUCCAUCAAAUCGCCGUGCCGGCGCUUGUGUAUAACGGCGAGUUUGACACCUCGCAUGAUAUCACCACAGUUCCAUUCGUUGAGCACAUACCCCGUGUACUAUGGAUUACAUUUCCCAACGCCGGACAUAUGUGCCAUCUAGAGCGACCAGAGAUUGCAGAGAAGGUCUUUAGAACUGUUGGAGAAUUCCUGACCCAAGCGGAAUGACUACACCAGCAGCAUGAGUCAGUUAUUAAGUAUCAUAGGU